AUGUUCGGGGACACCGUUAAACCAGACAAGUGCGAUGGCGACGACUACGUCCGGCCGGCGUCCAAGACGGUGCGCGAUCUCGAGGUGCAGCUGGUGCUGUCGCUGAUUCUCGGCGUUGGCGCCCUGAUUGCCUUUUGCAUAUUGCGCCCGCGAUGGCCGACGCUCUAUGCCGCGCGCAAGAGGCGCCUCGAUCCCAACAUUGGCCUGCCCCCGCUGACCGACUCUUUCUUCGGAUGGAUCCCCCGGCUGUACAAGGUGUCUGAGCAGCAGAUUCUGGCGUCGGCCGGACUCGAUGCGUUUGUUUUUCUGACCUUUUUCAAAAUGUCUACCCGCAUCUUCGCCAUUAUGGCCUUUUUCGCCGUCGUCGUCCUGUGGCCGAUUAACUACAGCUAUCGCAACUUCUCGCCGCUUCUCGGAGGCAAUAACACGGCCGGCGACGAUGGCGACAACUGGGACGACCUGUAUAAGCCGCUGAACUUGCCCCUGGGCUCGGUAUCGAUGGGCAUGGCGGGGGAUGGAGUGCCAAAGGAUAAGAGCGCGGAGAGGACGUUCCUAUGGGCCUACGUCUUCUUUACCUACUUCUUUGUCGGAUUGACGAUUUACUUCAUCAACAAGGAGACCUUCCGCAUAAUUGGGUACAGGCAAGAUUAUUUGGGAUCGCAGUCGACCCUGACGGACCGGACGUUUCGCCUCACUGGCGUGCCGUCGUCGUUCAGAACCGAAGCACGGAUCCGAGCCGUCAUCGAGGGGCUUGGCAUUGGCAAGGUCGAGGCCGUGUCAAUUUGUCGAGACUGGAAGGCGUUGGACGAGAUCAUGGAGGAGAGGAACAAGAUCCUCCGUAAGCUGGAGGUCUCUUGGGCGCGCUAUCGCAAGCAGCAGCGGUACUCGGCCGCCAAUGGUCGCAACGACCGAAAUGGCCAUACGGAGUCUUCCCAGAACGACUCGCACAUUACUGAAGGCGAUGAGGAGACGGGCGAGAACUGGCGGCUCUUGGGAGACGAUUCUGACCAAGCCCACGUGCACGUCAGCGAAGGUGACCGACCGCAGAUUUCGCUACGAUAUGGCUUCCUCGGGCUCCGAAGCCGAAGGGUCGAUGCCAUUGAUUAUUACGAAGAGAAGCUCCGGAGACUCGACGACAAGGUCCAUGAUGCGCGGAAGAAAGAGUACAACACCACAGAUAUGGUGCUCGUGACCAUGGACUCCGUCAUGGCUUGCCAGUUGGUUGUCCAGGCCCGAAUUGAUCCCCGACCUGGCCGGUUCCUGACCAAGGCUGCGCCGUCGCCGUCGGAUAUUGUGUGGAAGAACACGUAUGAGCCUCGGGCGGUGCGACGGAUCAAGGGUUGGACAAUUACUCUCUUCAUCACGAUCCUCACUCUUGUCUGGAUCUUCCCCACAGCCUUCCUUGCUUCUUGGCUCAGCAUAUGCACUAUCCAAAAGAUCUUGCCCUCCUUCUCCAACUGGCUUGAGUAUCAUCCCAUCAUCCACUCCCUGCUCCAGAACGGCGUCCCUACCUUGGUGGUGUCGCUGCUCAACGUUGCUGUUCCCUACCUCUAUGACUUCUUGUCCAACCGACAGGGAAUGAUCUCUCACGGCGACGUCGAGCUGUCGCUCAUCUCCAAGAAUUUCUUCUUCACCUUCUUCAACACCUUCUUUGUCUUUGCUGUUUCGAAGACAGGAGUCGACUUCUGGAGCGUGCUUCAAGACUUUCUCAGAGAUACAAGCAAGAUUCCCAGAGCCAUCGCGGCUGAUGUGGAAGAAUUGUCCGUCUUUUACAUCAGUUUCAUCAUCCUGCAAGGCAUUGGCCUGAUGCCCUUCCGCAUCCUGGAAGUCGGGAGCGUCUUCCUCUUCCCCAUCAACCGCUUCUUGGCUCGGACCCCGCGAGACUAUGCGGAGCUCAAGAAGCCGCCCGUAUUCCAGUACGGCUUCUAUCUGCCAACCUCGCUGCUCGUUUUCAACCUGUGCGUCAUAUACAGCGUGCUGAGGUGGGGAUUCGCCAUUCUGAUCUUUGGAACAAUCUACUUCGCGAUCGGGUAUUUCACUUUCAAGCACAUGCUCUUGUAUGCGAUGGACCAGCCGCAGCAUGCGACAGGGAACGCGUGGCCGAUCAUCUGCCACCGCAUCGUCGUCGGGCUCGUUGUGUUUGAGGUCGUCAUGGUUGGCCAGAUUGCAUCCCUCUCAGCGUUUGUGCAGUCGGUGGCUGUCUUCCCUCUCAUCCCCUUUUCGAUCUGGUACAGCUACUACUUCAAGAGGCGAUAUGUGCCGCUGAUGAAGUACAUUGCCCUGCGAGCCAUCAAGCCCGCGCCCGGCUCUGGCGCAGAAGAGGCUGUCGUGGAUGAGGAGGAGUCUGAUGACGUGAGCCCGGACCGCUCUCAAUCACGAGAGAUGCUACGUAGGGGCAGCACGUUGGACGAACUCAAGGAGAAGGGCUUGACCUUUGUCAAUCCGAGUCUCGUUGUGCCUCUCGAGCGGCCGUGGGUCUACACUGAUCCGCCCCCGAUUGUAAUGACUGACGAGGAGUCAGAAGACGGGUCUGCGGACGGGUCUGAGGAAGACCAGCCCAGACUGGUGCUGCCCAAUGCAGACAGCUCUUUGGGCAUCGGGGAAGAUAACGUGUGGCUUAACGCAGCACAACGUGAUCGAAAUUCAAGAUGA